GACACACUCAGUGACCACAAGUCAGUGACAGUGAGGUGCAGCUGCCUUUACUGCUAGUUCUGGUAGAGGUUGGCUUUCUGGAAGUAAACUCUUCCAACAGUGAACCCUUCAAACAUAUCAGAUGACUCUUAACAGGGAGAAUUCGAAUUUUCUUCUCAACAGUUUGGGAAAUUCCUGAUAUGAUGGAUUAUUCCCUAAAGUUUACUUUAAUUUUAAUAUUUUUUAAUUGUUGGCCCUCAUUCGGCAUUGACUAUGAAUUAGAUGGUGGUGAAGCAAAAGUCAACUCAAUAAUCACACUCGGCAUUGCUGGCGGGAUCCUGGCAGCCACGCUUAUACUGAUGAGUGUUGUCAUCUGUUUUUACUGCAAAGUGGCCAAUGCACUGAAAACUCCAAAGACGCCGUGCUGUUCAUUUUUUAACGCUACUCCAGCCUUGCUUGCCCCGGAAGAUGUCGCGGGAACCACAUCCAUCCUCCAGUGCUGUGACGACUGUGGCUGUAAAGUAUACGAGGACUAUGACACCAGCACCAUGCUGCCUCCCCCCUCCCCCUGCCCCUGUGAUUCGAACGAGGGCCUCUGAGCUGCUAGGCACAGGUGACUCCACAAACAGUGUUUCUUUCUUAGGAGCGCGUUUCAUUACUCAAGUCAAGUUUUAUAGUGUUUAUAUUCUGUACUAUGUCACGUAUUUAUGUACUUUUGAAUAAAUGGAAUAUUGAAA